UUAGCGAAACCAUUAAUUUCGCCAGGAUUUAAAAUGCAUUUCCACGGAUGUCUGCAGUAAUCUGCAUAAGAUCUUUAUAGCCGAUCCGUCGAUAGCUUACGGUGCGACGUGGUACUUUGUAGGGGUCCUUGACGGAAGGGUGAGAUUAGGGCUCUGUAUUUCUGACACGUCAAGGGCGGCGGCGACUGUGUUUGAAAAUGUUUAGAAGUAGGUACCUAGUCAUUCCCUGCUGUGGUGCGCAGUGGACAAAAACGGCCACUUUCGAACAUCUGCGAACCGCAUCUGCGAUGCACCACAAAGAUACCGCGGGUGACGUGUUACGUGUCAGAACGACCGAAGCCUUAGUGUAAAGGCCUGAGUGCACGCUCACAUUGGGCGCGCAGCGGGGCGGGGCGUGCGGCGUGCGUGUCAAACAAUUGAAGCUCAUACAAGAGUCCUGAGUCGACGCUGCAUACACACGCGCCCGCCCUGCCGAUCGCUCCGCUCCGAGACUCAGGCCUUACAUUCAGGAGGUUGCGUGGAGCUCGGUUAUAAGGCCGCGACGGGCCGCCGGAGCGGCAGAGCGUUGCCGGCGCUCCUCCCGGUGCCACUGUGUUGCCUCUGUCGAACAACUCUCGCCUCCUAGGCGUUUGCGAACUUCGUAAACUUUUCCCGGGCUUUGCCGUUCAUUUCCGCGCGUGGAUUACAGUUGAGCAGAGUUACUCGUAUCCGCUUGCCUGAUUUGAUGCUAAGUCGGACGUUACGCUUCUUCAGAUUUUCGUAGACUAGCAGUAGUAGAAAUCUAACCUAGUCUUAAAUACAGUAUAGUACAAAGCUAUCGAACUUAGGGUCUCGCGAUAACUUACUUUUGAAGUACGAGUAACAUAGGUAAACGGCUUGCCAAAUCGCCUCUAUUUUCCGUAAUAUAUUACAAGAUAGUGUUUAUCGAGGAACGUUCGUAGUUUUAUAGAGGAAAACAAUGCCAGGGGUUCUCAUAAAGCACCGAUAUCUGGGUGGUUGUGAUUGGUGGGUAGCGUAGGCUGGGUAGGUAGGUGUCGUGAUGUGCGAAGAUAAGGAGGAGAUGCGGAGCGAGGCGGCGCGCGCGGCGAGCCCGCGCCGGCUGUGCUGGCAGCGCCGCCCGCCGCAGCCGCUGCCGGACACGCGCGGCCUCUGCUGCGCCAAGCUGCUCCGCAAGAACGGCAAGCCCAAGAAGGUGCUGUUAUUCCCCGAGGAGGGCUGGGCGCGGAGUGCCUCCUCGUCGUACUGGACGCUGCAGCCGUGCUGGUGGCGCAAGAGUCGGUGCAAGGUCGUCGAGGUCGCCGGCACGAGAAGGCACAGCACACACGCGCGGAUGGUGGUGAGCGGCGGGAACGCCGUGCACGUCGUCGGCACCUUCAAACACCUCGGCACUGACGCCGACUUCAAGUUAUACCUAACGACGAACGUGACGCAGGCGGACUUCAACAUGGGUUACACGAUGACGGGGACCCUUGAGCGCGGCUGUCGCUCCACGAACACCUUCCAGAUGACGCACUUCGCCGUGCUGCGGCGCUGCGACCACGACCCGCACCAUCUCAAAAACUCAUAGACAUGACGGCAUACUGAAACAUUAGCUACACCGUCAUUUACCUGACAGAAUCUCACUUGCACACGAGCAAGUGAAUGAGCCACCGAAAAAGACACCGCAUUUCGUUG